UUUGGUGCAGCAGCAGCUGUAACAGACCGCUACGGAGGAUAGUGAGUGUGAGCGUCAGCCUCUUCGCCGUCCCUCACAUCACGGGGCUCCCUCUGCUCGCGCGCGCGCCCAUUCCACUCACGUCCCGUCCCGCUCUGACAGCGCGCGCUCCCCCAAGCCCACCGCACGCUCGCGCUCACUCGCUCACCGAGUCACUCACUCACUCUCACACACACCGCAGUGGAAUGUCGCGGGAAUCCCUGCACGCGAGGCUGAGGCCUGUCAACCAGUAAAGCCACUCAAAGCUCCAAGAAGGUGCAUGAGUAGGCGGAGCAUGACAGAUGGGCGGGGUUGGCAAUGUGCUUGAUGGUGCAUGAUGGUUUCCAUGGAGACGGAUGGCAGCAUCACUGAGGGUCCUGGAUUCCCACUCCUACAGGCAAGUGAUGGUGUGGGGGCGGGGCUGGCUGAGCAGGAGGGGGCGUGGCUCGGAUUUCGGGCAACAGUGAGUGCCGUGCUGCUACUAGAGUUGCUGUUGGGAGUGGGCGGGAACCUGACAGUGUUGGUGUUAUACUGCGGUCACUGCAGCCUUCUGGAAUCUGUGAGCCAUGCCGUCACACUCAGCCUGCACACACUUGACCUUUUACUCUGCCUCCUCUGCUUGCCCGUCACUGCCACACUCCUCCUGCUGGGCGGGGCCUCCAUCCCUCACCACACCCUGCUCUGCUGCCUCCAUGAAUCAGCGGCCACCUUCGCCAGUGUGGGAACAGCACUCAACCUGCUGCUCAUCAGCCUCGAUCGCUACGACAUCAGUGUCCGGCCAGCCAAUCGUUUGCUUACACCACGAAGAGCAGCCUUUUUGCUGACUGGAGUGUGGGUGGUGUCUUUAACUGUGCCCCUCCUACCAUUUGUUGAGGCAGGGUUUGUGUCUGGUCUGUCGGCAGAAGUGGCUGUUCAUACUAACAGCACGGUGUUGUGCUCAGAAUGGGCAGGCACUCUGCAAGCUCACCUCUUGCUGCAGGUGCCUGUGUUCCUGUGUUCUCUGGCCGUGAUGCUGUUUACAUACUCUCGCAUUCUGCAAGCCCUGCGCAUUCGCAUUGGACACCCACCCAGAUCUCAGCGGGAUGCCCGGCGGCCUGCCCGGCGACUCUGGCAACGAAAGAAAAGGUCAGUGAGGUCGCCAGAUCACAGAACAAGGACUACACCCAUCUCGCCUCCUCCUCUCUCCACUGGUCCGCUAGUGGCCUCGGACACCAUUACCACAAUAACCAUCAACACAGAGACCAAUACACCCUCAGUGAACACUCCGCUCAGUCCCACCCCCACUAUAUCUAUCGUGACCACACCUUUAAGUCCUACCCCUACUGUAGGCUUAUCUUUGGUAUCAACACCCUUGAGUCCUAGCCCUUCACUACCCACCCUAACCACACCUCUAAACCCUAACCCAAGUACAUCCACCACAACCACACCAUUUAACACAGCUAUAUCCACCAUAGCCAUGCCCCUAAACUCGAACACAGCUAUAUCCACCAUAGCUACACCUCUUAACCCUCUUCUGGCUACAUCCACUACAACCUCACCUUUAAACUCUAACCCAACUAUAUCCGUCACUACUACACCUCUAGGCCCUAGUUCAGCUAUUGCCACUAUAACCUCUUCUCUUCCUCCUAACCCAUCAUCCACCAUAGUCACAUCUUUGAGCCCCACCCCUACUGUGUCUCAUGUAACCACACCAUUAAGUCCCGCUCGUGCGCAUAACCCUCCAAGUGUUGGUGUGGGGGCCUCAGUGUCAGCCAUCUUGGCUUUGCGCCGUGCUGUGAGACGUCACAGGGACCGGCGCGAGCGGCAGAAACGUGUCUUCCGCAUGUCCAUCAUCAUCAUCCUCUCUUUCCUACUGUGCUGGGCACCUCUCUCCGUUACACCUCUUCUCCUGCUAGCCAUUGGACCCUCUGAUUGGCUGGAGCGUCUGAGGCUAUGUUUCUUGGUGCUUGCCUAUUGGACAGUGGUGCUGCAUCCACUACUGUACGCGUUCACACGGCAAAAACUGCGCAAAGUUCUGCACACACGUCUCCGCAGGCUACGCACAAAUAACACGCAUGCGCUCAUUCGGACCAAUACCAGGAACCGGCGUAAGCACAGAGCAGACUGCAGCGACGCCACUGACCGUUGUCUAACAGAGGCCACCAGGGAGUGAGAGUCCAUGUGAUUGUGUGUGUGUGUGUGUGUGUGUGUGUGUGAGUGUGAUAUGUAUGAGUGUGAGUAUAACAGAGGUACAGAACACACAGGAGCAAAAAGGAGAAAUCAUCUGAUUUUGCAUGUCAUUUAUUCAGUACACAGUUAAAUAAGAAGCGCACGUUCCAAAGCACACUGAGCUAAUCUCAGAGAAAACCACAGGGCACUGUCUAAUUAACCAUGAACACAUAGAUCAGAUUUACUGUUGUGGUGCUAGAAACUAAGAACGUAUGUCAGUGAGUGAGUGUGUAAGAGAUUGUAGGCAAUAAUUUCAUAAACCAGGGUAUGCAUGAAAUACAUUUCAUGCGAAUUAAUUCUAAAACUGACAUUAUACAAUGUGGUUUGAAGCAUUUAUUCACAUUAUAUAUACAUAAACUGCAUAAAUCUUGUACUUACUGUGCCCUUCUUACUGAUAGAGUGCAAUAGAUUUACUGUGUUUAUUUAUGUACAUGAUCAGGGAUGUAAAUAAUAUUAUGGAAUAUUAUGAAUAUCUGUGAUUUUCAACUGACUUUGGAAAAAUAACUGUAACAAGGUCUAAAUCUAUUAAUUUUACUUUGUGUGCCAUGUGUGUACUUACAGUCAGUAUUCUAAAUUAUUUCAAUUCAGUUGUAGUCAUUGUGCAUUUUACAAUAGAUGAGCAAUAAGACCAAAAUCUAUAAAUAAACAGAUAUAGUCCCUUGUUUGUUGCUGUUAUGUUUUAACUCACGUGUCUAAUAUGAAUUACAUACGGAUGUGUGGACCUGCAUGCUUACAUACUCUCACAUUAAGUUUGUGGAUGCUUAUGCAUGGAUAAGCACUCAUACAUAAUAAUGCUAAUUAAUACAUGCAAAUAUGCAUCCAUAAAAAGGACAUUUGCUGUUCCACACACACCUAAGGAGCAGCAUGUUUAUCAGCCAUCAUGCUACACUCUUUCUCUUUACCAAUGUCAUUCACAGGAAGUUAGAGUGCCAAAAGUUGUCCUGAUCUGCAACUGAUUUGACCUCAGUUACUGUAGCCCAGAAGUUCCCAGUCCCAGCUCUGGUGUCCCCAAACUAUGCACAUUUUUGUGCUUUGUCUCAUUUAGCACAUGUGAUUCAACUCAUGACUUAAUUAACAGGCUCGUCAUUGACUGAGUCAGAGUAGAGAAAAUGUGAAAAUGCGGCGCAUAC